GGCGCACGGCUCGGCUCGGCUCGGCUCGGCGCUGCCGCCCCGCGACCGCAAGGCUCCGCCGCUGCCGCCUCCGUCCCAGGUUCAACAGUGUGACCACUCUUGAUUCAUAUACUCACAGCAAAGCCUCCAUCUGUCUCAUGGAUUAUAGAUCUAAAUUGAUGGCUUCAGUAACAGAUGCCAGAUACAGGCAGAAAGAUACUUCGGAUCAAAAUUUCGAUUACAUGUUCAAACUCCUGAUCAUUGGCAACAGCAGCGUGGGUAAAACGUCCUUCCUCUUCAGAUACGCGGAUGACACGUUUACACCGGCCUUUGUUAGCACAGUAGGAAUUGACUUCAAAGUGAAAACCGUUUAUAGGAAUGACAAGCGGGUGAAACUGCAGAUUUGGGAUACAGCCGGACAAGAGAGAUACAGGACCAUCACUACAGCCUAUUACCGUGGAGCCAUGGGCUUCAUCCUCAUGUAUGACAUCACCAGUGAAGACUCUUUCAAUGCAGUGCAGGACUGGGCCACACAAAUCAAGACUUACUCUUGGGACAAUGCACAGGUGAUCCUGGUUGGAAACAAAUGUGACAUGGAGGAUGAAAGAAUUGUUCCUUUGGAGAAAGGGAAACAUCUGGCUGAUCAGCUAGGUUUUGAUUAUUUUGAAGCCAGUGCCAAAGAAAACAUCAACGUAAGACAGGUGUUUGAGCGUCUUGUGGAUAUAAUCUGUGAAAAGAUGUCGGAGAGUUUAGAAUCCGACCCUUGCAGGGGCACUUCUGGAAGAAGCAUGCGACUCACAGACAACCCACCCCCUUUGCAGCAGAACUGCUCCUGUUAGUGACCUUUCUCUUUGAGAAAUGUCCCUCUCCUUUCCUGAUUAAAUUUUCUCUUUUUGUUUGUGGUGGUGCUUUAUCAUGUAGCGCAAAGGCAGGAAUCUCUGUUAUAGGAAACUGCUAUGUUCGUUUAAUGUCCCAGAGUGCUUAAUAUUAUAUAUUUCCUCAUCCAAUAAUUUAACAAAAUGCUGAAUAAAUAUUGUAAGUGCGUCUAGUGUUAGUGUGAAUUAUGUUGAAGAAUUGUAUAGUGUUGCAAAUGUUAUUUCCAAAGAGAAUGUUGCAUUUUUGAUUAUAAAUUCUUUUACUGCAGAAAGAGGUUUACUUCAACAACAGCGAGAAACACAAAGGUGCUGCUCUGUUCAGCGCCUUGCUAUGCCUCAUCCUUUGUUUCCUAGAGCCACAAGCGCUGACUACCCUGCAGCUUUUCCGCUGUAUCUUGCAGUUUUUACCUCUAGGUUUGGACCUGCCCUCUGCCACUCUCUGAUAACUGCUUGACAGUGGAUAUAUUGCAGGAUGAAGGAAAUGAGGAAGUGGCUGUCACAUGCUUAGUUGGAGGCAAAAUAUGCAUGUAAAACUUGAAACAGCAGCAUCUCAGACAGAUCAAAAUAUCUGGAGCCAAAAUGGGAGCGGUAGUAAAUACUAUCGCUUUCAACCAAAAGCAAUGAUGAACUAUCAGUUGUAACACCUUCUUUAUUUAACGUUUUAUCAUAGAGUAGCACCUUAGAGGCUUCUUGGAGGAUCAGACUUCACCGUGCCCAGGUUUUGUACAAACAGAGAUAGCUCUUCUCUAGAGAACUAAUUAGCUAAAUAAUAAAAAUCCAUCUCCAAAAAAAAGACUCUCUACAGUUUCAGUCAGGCUACCAUCAAACAUGCUUUUGGAAGGACUUUUGGUUAUUGCAAGGGAUGAAAAUGACUGAUUUGAUUGUCAGGCUUAGUAUACUUCUGCAGCACACUACAGUACCUAGAGGAACAAGCACAUUACAACAGGAGAAGGAACCGUGGAAGAUGUGCAAUGGGAGAGGGUAAGGAUAUAAGUUCUCUUGCAAAACUUGUUGCAUAUCAGGAGAGCUACUUGAGCAAGCGUGUGUUGAAAGGCACCUUUUGUCACUGAGACUUGGAAUUCAGCAGAAAUCUGUGCAAAACUGAUGCUAAUUUCUUUCUUUUUAAUAAAUCAGGUUGGGGAGGUUGGUUGUUGGAAUAUAUUAGUUUUUCAAUUAGGAAACUUUUGACAACAGUGUACCUGUGUUUUAGGACAUUGAGGGGAGAGAGGAGGAGACAGACAGGAGACCCUAACCCAAGGGGGAGGACCAAGAGUGAGCCUGCAAGGCAUGGAAGUUCAAAGCCUUAUUUGGCCUCAUUGCAACAGGGGCUUCCUGCUCUUUGCAUGUAAGUUAAAUAUUAGCUGGAAAGCCAGGAAGUGAAGAGCGGAUUCUAAAGCCCCCCUGGGCAAUGCUCACUUGAAAUGUGGAGGAUGCAGCCUGAAGCUUUCCUAAUAAUGUGAAUGUUUUAUCCAAAGUAGAGGAGAUUGAGCAGGAUAUUUCGGGGACGUGAGACUAGACCUUAAGUCACUUGUUUGAGUCAGGCAGAGCUGGGGCUUUGACUUCUGGGUUAACCACUCUUCUGGAAUGGGAGUUUCAUCUGUGGGUUUUGGCUUUUUUUUUUUUUUUUUUUUUUUUUUUUUUUUUUUGAAACACUUUUGGUUCAUCCCAAUGUGAAUCAAAAUCAUUCUGAUGCACGGGACGUUCCACAACACAGGUAAGCCAUGCCCAGGUGGUCCCAGGGAAAGGUUGUCCCUGCCGUUUGCCUUCCUGAGUUCCUCAGUAAUACAGAUCAGGGAAUCCUGAUCAUAGGAUGAGGUCAUCCUGCUGCUAUGUCUGCAUGUCCUAGCACUGCUCCCUUUUGAGUCAGAGAGAGGAACAUGUGUAAUGAUGAUAAUUUUUCUAGUUUUGAAUUCAACCACAAGGUAUAAUUUAAAAAAAUAGCGAAGAUGUGAUUAAUAAAACUAAAGUGAAAAUGGCAAAAAUUAGUAAAAGAGCAAAGACAUCCUUUCUGAGUUAAGCAAUGGACGUUUUGCUUGAUUCUUUGCAGGGAGGGACAAUUUUUGCUGCUUACCAUGUAACAUACUCUCACACUUCCAAAAUCUCUAAAAUUAAGGCUGUUGUAUACAAAUUUGUUGUAUACAAAUUAAGGCUGUUGUAUACUGUUGCGUGUGUAGAACUGUACGUGUGUUGGCCACAUGCAAAGCUUGGAUGUUCUCUGAAAUACAUGGAGGAACUGCUUUUGCGAAUCUGUGAAACCGCAUAGACUGCAUGCCUCUGUUUAUGAUCAGUUGUUUGCACAUACCAACUCCAAACAGCGACUGGAAAUUGCAUCUGUAAAUGUAGAUCAGGCAGAUACUGGGAGAAAUUUGCUGUCUUUAGGUGCCAAUUUGAGAAAAGUUACAUGGUUUUACUUUAGGCCUGUGAACUUAACUGGCUGAGACUUUCUGAUAGCAGAAAGUGGAGUCAGGUAUCUGCCCACUGCACUAUCAUUUACUGGAUCAUGACAUUUGCAAAUGCUUUUGUAAUUUUGUUCUGUCAUGUUUCAAAGUGUAAUAAUUCUUAAAAAAAAAAAAAAAAGAAAAGAAAAAAAAAAGUAUUCCAGAGAAGAAUACAACCAUGUUGAUGUAGUUUGAAUUCAUUGUGCUGAAGGAUGGCUCCCUUUGCAACAGAGUUUGUAUGUUGCUUUCAGAAGUCUUUACUGUGACCUAUUUUGGGUGUUUAUGAUCUAGUACUGAAAAUGAAAUUUGUGCAGUGCUAGAAAUGUGCUUAUUGUAUCUAUACCUCUGACGCUGCAAAAUAAAGAGAAAUGUAGUCACCGAA